AUGCACUGUGUCCUUGGAUGUCACGUUGAAGACCUACCCCUGCGUGUUGAUCCCCUUUUGGUCGACUAUCAUGAAUAUCAAAUUAAAGGUGCAUUUAUUUUGGGAAGAGUAAACAAGGUAACCAAAGUGCAAAAGCUUAUUCUUUUCAUCAUUGGAAUUAUCAAGUCUUCAUCAGGGGUCAUCAACAGAAGAAGAAAGAUAAUAAUCUGGCAAAAAGGCACUAAUAACGAUUGGGAAGAACUGUCCAAGUGGCCUCAUGGCUUCUUUCUUGAUUGGUAUUUGGAUCGUCUCCUUAGACUUUUUCAUGGUGAUCCUGCAUUGUAUGGCCCAGUCAUGCAAUCAAGCUAUAGAGAAGCAGAAUGCACAAAUGGAAUCUUCAGUUAUAUGAUUUCAAAGCCGGUGCAGAUGCUUUCGUCAGCUUUGAAGAAGGGAACUCAGAUAAAUUAUACUCCUCAACCCGUAAAGCCACAGAAAUUGGAAUUAGCUGCCAAUUUGAACGGUGAGAACCCAGCCAACUUGAUAGAUGAGGGCCAGCUUUCUUAG